CUGGGCUCAAAAAUAAGUCAGAACGGCAGACCAACAAGAGGAUUCAAUUGUACAGCCAAGGUCGCGAUAACUUUUAGUCGAUGUUAUUUACGGACAUGAUAAAAGCACACUGCUUCUUGCGCUGGCCUACUUUACUUCAUAAAGAGGAGAUACUGACAGCACGGCCAUCAGCCCCGCAACUACAAGAAAUACAAUAUAACAGGGACCCAGACACUGUUGUGACCAUCGUCAACCCUGUGGAGCAUCCCAGAGACUAUGUGGUAUGGUCCAUCUGCAGCUUCUUCCACGCAAACCCCUUUUGCCUCGGAAUGGCGGCGCUGAUCUUCUCAAUCAAGACGGACCAGGGUAUCAAGAACUUGACCGUGGAAGAGGCCGACCGGCUGGCCGCCUCCAACCCCGACUACGCCAUCGGAGACCUCUUCAACGCCAUCGCCAACGGAAACUUCCCUUCCUGGAGCUUCUUCUCCCAGGUCAUGACCUUUGAGCAGGCCGUGAAGUUCAGGUUCAACCCCUUCGAUCUGACCAAGGUGUGGUCCCAUAAAGAAUACCCACUGAUCCCGGUGGGCAAACUGGUGCUGAACAGGAACCCCACCAACUACUUUGCCGAGGUGGAGCAGCUGGCCUUUGACCCCAGCAACAUGCCCCCAGGGGUGGAGCCCAGCCCGGACAAGAUGCUGCAGGGCCGCCUGUUCUCGUACCCGGACACCCACCGGCACCGCCUGGGGGCCAACUACCUUCAGAUCCCCGUCAACUGUCCCUACAAGACCCGCGUGUCCAACUACCAAAGGGACGGCCCCAUGUGCAUGUCCGAUAACCAGGGCGGAGCUCCAAACUACUUCCCCAACAGCUUCAGUGCCCCUGACUGCCAGCCUUGCUUCCUGGAGUCAAAGUUCAAGGUGUCCCCAGACGUAACGCGCUACGAAAGCUGCAACGAUGACAAUUACACGCAGGCAGGGACCUUCUACAGCGAGGUUCUGAGUGAGGAGGAGCGACAGAGACUUUGUCAGAACCUGGCCGGAGCCCUCAAGGGAGCCCAGGUCUUCAUCCAGGAACGCAUGGUACAGCACCUGAUGGCUAUCCAUCCCGACUACGGAAAGCAGGUCCAGAGCCUGCUCACCAAGCACAAUGCCGAGGCUCAGAAGAACUCCAAUGUGCACGUCUACACCCGCCCUACAGCCAUUAACGCCUCCGCAAAAAUGUGAGGUCAUAUAUCUUGACCAGGUAGCACGCCCAAGACGGCUUCCGCAGUAACUGAUUUCCACCAGUUUAAAAAAAUAUAUCUUGUUCUACUAAUAAUGUAACCAAUCUGGGCUUAAUAACAAUUCUAUUCUAGCAUUUCAAUGAAAAGGAAUAGCUUCUUAACAGAUAUUCCAAAUCGAAAAACAAUGAUUAUAUGAAGACUUUCUGCAUUUUGUCCAGUCAAACUAUAUCCAAUCCCUGGUAAGCAGCCAGUCUUCAUGUAUUACUACAGAGAUAUCAGUCUAAAGUUAUAUAUUUUAAAUGUCUUACCCAAAUACUAUGUAUAAUACAUUUGCUACUAUGUAUUUCAAUGGCUUGGUUUAUACACUUGAUGCAUUGUUAAACCUGUACUAAAAUGAAUUGAUUAGUCUAUAUGAUGGGGUUAAGCUCUUGAAACCUGAUCAAUACUGUCAAAGAAAACAUUGAAGAAUAUUUUGUAAUCAUUU